UGUAAUUUUGCUUCAGUUUUUAUUCGGUGUUUUUAUUGACAUUAUUGUGUUGUAGAUGGUCGAACAAUAUACCAAUUUUAUUUUAUUAUGUUUAAGUGAAUCCGAUGAAAAGGAGCAUUAUAUUCGCUAUUAUUAGAAUAAACUAGAAGAACAGUGUCUGGUUUGUGUAAAGCUCUGCGAGCACUAAGAACAAGAACAAAAAAGAUGGCUGUCGCGUGAAAAUUUCAAACAUGGGCGAAGUUAUUAACAGACAUCCAAGCAGCAGCAUUGAAGAGGAAAAGAAAGCUAGAAGAAGAAAAAUAAUAAAGCAACUGCCAAUCAAAAAGUUCGAAAUUAGAGAUUCCCUUAUAGCCCAACUUUGUGAACAAAAUCCCCACAUCAGAGUUGUAAAACACAUUUUUGCUGCAGCCCUUAUUGGUUUGUUCAUAAACACAGUUAUCCAUGGUUUUUCUGAACGAGGAGAGUUGAAUUUGGGAUUGAAUGUCAUCGCAACUGGCUUGGCAAAGUUUCAUUGGGUACCGCCAAUAUGGAUAACAUUGAAUGGUUGCAUUAUUUUGUGUUAUUUCGGUUUCAACGUCUGGGCCAGAAUUAGGAUAAAUAUGCCGCUUAAGUCUCCCAAUAAAAAACUUUGGGACAGUAUAUGGCUCCUCUCACUGGCUGCCUACUAUAUCCUCCAAUUUCGUGUGAUCUCAGUAGUUGUAACUGUUUUGAAGUUACCAAUCGCAACCUCUUCGGUAGUCUGCCUGGAACAGACAAGACUAUUAAUGAAAAUCCACGCUUUCGUCAGGACAAGUGCGGAAAAAGUGAUAAAUUUCAAACCACACAGCGAUCAGAAAUUGAACUUGGCCAGCUUCAAGCAUUUUUUAUACUUUUUGUUUGCUCCUACGCUGGUCUAUUGUGAUGAGUAUCCAAGGAGAAAAUCCAUCAGAUGGAACCUAGUCUUUGAAAAAACAUUGGAACUAGUGGGAGUAAUUUUCUACUAUGCCUUUCUUGUAGAAAGAUUCAUUAUACCCAACUUAAAAGACAUGGGAUUACGUUCCUACACCAUUCGUGAACUCGGAAUGAUGGCCUUUGACAAUUUUGCUGUUGGCCUAAUGUUCCUACUUCUAGCAUUCUAUGUAGUUAUUGAUGCAGCUCAAAAUUUGGUUGGAGAAUUGCUCCGAUUUGGAGAUAGACAAUUUUAUUUGGAUUGGUGGACGGCCACAAAUUAUUCGGACUAUUUCAGAAUGUGGAACAUGGUCGUUGGAGAUUGGCUCUAUACUUAUAUCUACAAAGAUUUUUACGAAUCUAUUGUACCCGGGAGUAAAACUGUGGCUAAACUAACGGUGUUCUUGAUAUCCGCCAUAGUUCAUGAAUGGGUGUUAACAUACAUAUUUGGAUUCUUCUUCCCGGCAUUAUUUUUGGCCUUCUGCUUUGUUGGAGGAUGCUUGAGCUUUUUGCGGAUACCAAAAUUGGAUAUAGUCAAUAUAAUAUUUUGGUACAUGCUGGCUUUUGGUUGUGGAUUGUUAUCGAGCCUUUACGCCAUGGAAUGGUUUAUAAGAGCUAAUGUACCAAUAGAAAAUGCUACGUUAAGUGAUUUUCUUGUGCCGCGGUUGUUUACUUGUGAUUGUAUAGUGUAUUGAAAUUAUUUUUUUUAAAUUUUCAAAUAUAUAUUUUUUUUUU